UCACCUUCUUGCUGUAGAAAUGGACGUUGAGAUAGUUUUGUGGCUUCGCGUUUUUUGUUUAUAUCUCCGAUAAUCGACGUCGAAAACUUUUGUAAUCACUUUUAAAAGCCAUCCCUUUGCACAAUAAUGUAGUGCGUGCAUUUAAUAUUUAGUAAAAUCGUGUGUUUAGUGUAUUUGCGUUUGUCUUAACAUAGCACCAUUUGGUUGGGCAUUGAUUUAUGUGCUUGGAUCUUUAUAAUUUUUAAAAAUCACUUAUUUACAAAUCUAUAAUUUGUUAUAAUUAAGUUUAAAUGAACUUAUAUUUGUAGCUUAAUCUGUUAUUGUGUAAGUUUAACUUUGUUGGGGGUGUAUAAAAUAUAGACUUUAUUUUCCGUCGACUUUAAGAUGGUUUCUUGCUGACAUUAUGGCACUGUGCGAAGGUCAGUUAGAUUCAGUGUUGCCGCAGUUGAAGAGGGAAGAGUCCUCGCCGUCCAGCGAGGGUCCAGAGUCACCGCAAAAGAAGACAAAGCUGGAGCCCAAUGGGGACAUAUACGGCCUCAAUAAAGUCGCCGGCGGGCUGCCGUUGAGUGUGGACUAUCGUUCGCCCGUCUCACACUUUGUGCCCCCCGCCGUCGAAUUGUACGCCGCGAGACAUAAAACGGACAGAGAUAUCAGUAAUGGACCAAAGGCAGAAUCAAGUUCCUCCACUCCGGCUAAAAGAAAGAGGGGGAGACCGAGAAUUGAUAAGACCAGUCCUGAAUACUUGGCUAAUGUUGCAGCGAGGAAGCAAGCUAAGGAAAUGGCGGCCGUGAUAAACAAUCGUUCGGAUACUGGGGAAAAGCGUAAGCGAGGCAGACCGCGGGUCGACAAAACGAGUCCCGAAUACCUAGCUAGGAAGCGCAUUAGGGAGCUAGAAGCAUUAGAAAAGAAGGCGAAAAGAGAAUACAGGCGACGUACAGGAAAUCCUAUGCUAAAAGCACCGAGCGGUACUCGGGUAGUGAAAGCUAUCCAGGCUAAAAGCAAGCAUAUGCGGAAACUACCGCCCCAUGCAGCUGUCAGGCAAGUCGACGAUAAAAAAGUUCUUGUCAGGCAAAAUGACAAAAAAGUUGUCGUAAGACGAAAAACAAAGUUCAUUAAGAGGAAAGAUUCUGCUGCGUCUUCAUCAAUGGGUGAUUCAACACCGCGCGUCAAACGUAAAUAUACCAAAAGAACUCCAAGCACCAAGAAAAAUGAUUCACAGUCUUCAGCAGACAGAGUGAAAGGCAAGAGAGGUAGACCGAGAAAAAUAGAUCAAAUCACUAAACAACAACAUCCCAAGAUACGUGUAAGAAGCAAUUUGAUGCCCAACUCUGAACCAAUUCCCGUGGACAGUGAUGAUGAACCGGAUCUAGGUUCUCCGAGUCAGGCGUCAGAUUCCUUGAGUUUGGAUGAAAAUCUACGCGCUUUGCGUCACAUACAUGAAAAAUAUGCCAACAUUGAUAAGGACGACAUGUACGAGGCGCACCUGCUCGCUGCCAACUUCAAGAAGCCCGCCACUGACGGCGCCAGACCUCAUGAUGACGACGUCCUCUCUGUCAGGAGCUCGGAAGGUUGCGCGUCAGUGAAGGAGGUGGAGACGAGAGCUGUGAAGGUGGAGGACAGCUCCAACUCUGACUCCGACACCACCUCAUCCGGAUCCUGCAGCUCAUCAUCAGGCAGCAGUUCCUCCUCCAGCUCGGGCUCCUCCAGCUCCUCCGACAGCUCCGACAGCGAGUCUGACGCAGAAUUCCCCCCGCAGCCCCCCGCACUGCACGCCGCACAAGAUGACAGAUCAUUUGGGGCAUGGUCUAGUUACAGCGGUGCGCAGACGCACUCCGGCUCAGAUUCUAACAGCGAGGACGAAGUGGAGGCGGGGCCUGGGGGAGCGAGCGCGGGAGCGGGGGCGGGGCCGGUGACGCAGGGGGCGGGGCCUGAGCCACGACCAGAGGAUGAAAUCAGCGAAUCAGAGAACGAGUCAGCGGAUAAGAGCUUCCAAUGUUAUAUAUGUAGGAAGUGGUAUUCAACACGGGUUACACUCAAAAUACACAGACGCGUACAUCAGAACCGUGGCGGCGGUGGCGGUGGCGGGAGGUCGCGCGCGCGCUGCUCGGAGCGCUACGAGUGUGACUGCUGCUCAGAGACCUUCAGCCGACGUGACAAGUUGCGCGAACACAAGGCGGAGGCACAUCGCGGCAGUAUGACUGUGCGCUGUGAAGUUUGUCGCAAGUGCUUCGAGGAUGAGGCUGAGUUGGCGGCGCAUGAUGCCGGACAUACGGCGGAUGAGCGAGCAGGUCGUUGCGACAUGUGCGGCGCUCAGUUCCCGCGCUACGAGCAGCUGGCGCGUCACCGGCAGUGCGCGCACGGCGCCCUCCCCCCGCACAUGCCGCACGCGUGCACUCAGUGCGGCAAGCGCUUCUCGCACGCCCACUCCCUCACACGACACAUGCACAACCACGCCAAGCAGCUCUACCGCUGCGUCGUCUGCAAGGCGUCAUUUGCACGAGCGGAUCAAUUAGCGCAACAUCUGAACAGUCAUCUCGCGAACUACAAGCGUAUGAAGCCGUAAUACACGUCGCGACACCUCGACGUAACGGUGACGACACGGCCGCGACACGGGCACGACACGCGGCGGCCGCGCACAGGGACAAGGGGCGAGUGCAAGCAAUGGAUUUAUCUAUGGACACAACACACAAUAUUAUAUUAUAUUAUUAUAGAGUUUUAUUUA